AUGGGUUCCAGGAUGGUCCUUCCGGUCAUUUCUCGCAUUGUGGAUGUGUCCACCUAUACCUCGACGCAGCUUCAAAGUAUCGGAGCCAUCAGUCUUAUCCUUCUCUUGGCGGCAGCAUAUUUCUGGCUUCCUUGGAAACAGCCCUAUCCCGGUAUACCAGUCAUCAAGCUACGGGAGAAGGGCCUAUCGAAAUGGAUCAGGCCCUUGAACUUGCAAAUGGCCUUUCGGGUACAGGAGUUAUUUGCAUUGGGCAGAAAGACUGGAAAACCCUUCCAGGUCCUUUCAUUCUCCGGGUGGAGGAUUGUUCUGCCCCACCGCUUUGCUGACGAGAUCCGUACCAAUCCCAAUCUCACUUUCAACGAGAUUUUACAUGUCGAGUUCCCGACCACUUUGCCCGGCUGGGAGGGAAUUAGCGAAGGAGUCCGUCGGGACGAGUUCUUCACGGAUCUGGUGCACAAGAUCACGCAAUGUCUGGCCCACAUCACCAACGACCUGAUCGAGGAGACGGACUGGGCGACCCGUAAAUGGCUAUCGGAUGAACCGGACUGGCAAACAUACGAGCUACGACCCAUGGGUUUCGACAUUGUGGCUCGAGUCUCGACUCGUGUCUUUGCGGGAAAGAAACUAUCGCGCAACGACGCCUGGAUUCGCAUUGCGAAUGAGUACGGCAUGACUUGUGUCAUGGCCGCAGCUCAGAUCCGGAUGUUCCCCAAAUUCCUUUGGCCAUUGCUGAACCACAUCAUUCCGAAGUGCAGAUCCGUACAACGGCAAUUCCGAGAGGCAACGGAGCUGUUGCUGCCUUCCAUUGAAGCCACCCGCAAGUGGUAUGAACAGGACGAAGCCAAGAAAGGACCCAAAACGGAGAACGCCAUAGGAUGGAUGAUAGAGGUGCAGAAGGGCAGACCGAUGGGUCUGAAGAAUUUCGUCGGCGCGCAGAUCAGUCUCAGCACCAGUGCGCUUGAAAUGAAUUUCACCCUGCUCGGCUUCUGUCUCAUCGCAAUCAUUGAGCACCCGGAGGUGCUUGCACCGUUACGGGAAGAGAUGAUUAGCGUUUUGAGAGCGUAUGGAUGUAAGUCAACACCUGCCAGCAUUGAGCCGCCAACCAAGCCAAUAAUAAUUUCCCAUAAUAAGGGUCCAGGAACUCGGUACAAAAGAUGCAGUUGCUCGACUCCUUUAUGAAAGAGACGCAGCGGGUCAACAACUUUCCCGGUACGAACAGAGAAUCUACCGAACGCUUCCCACUGCUAAUCUAACAACACCUAAUCCCAGCCAUCAUGAAUCGCUACGUUCGCAAACCAACAACGCUAUCCGACGGGACAUUGCUACCUGCAGGCGCCAUGUUACUCGUCCUCGACGACGGCGCAAAGAACUCGGCCUUCUACGAAGAACCCGAAAAGUUCAUCGCUGAUCGGUACCUCCGAAUGCGUCAAAAGCCCGGCGCCGACAAGCGUCAUCAAUUCAGCACGGUAUCAUCGGACAACCUCGCUUUCGGUCUCGGGACUCAUGCCUGGUGAGCUUUCCUCCGUUCCGACUGUUGCUUGUCAUGCUGACUUUUCCCCUUCCCUACAAAGCCCCGGACGCUUCCUCGUUCACGAUGAGAUGAAGACCCUGUUGACUUUCAUGCUCCUGAGAUAUGACUGGCGCUUCGAGCCGGGGUAUAUUCGCCCUCAAGUCAGCUACUUUGAGCACAUUCGGAUCUUCCCUCGGGAUCUCUUGAUUCAAGCGAGGCGGAGGACUGAGGAGGUUGAUCUUCUCCAGCCACAAGCAUCGUAA